GCUAAGAUUCAUGACUUUCUAUAGGUUUUCGAAUGUUUCAACAGCAAGAGGGGCUCUCUUAAAAACAGUGUCCAAAGAGUAUAAAUACGAAUUCCAUCAAUACGAAUAAGAACCUACAUUGAUGAAACAGAUCAAACAUCUAGGAUUUCAAUUGAUAGAUGAUCCUAAAACUAAUAAAGUUAUUCUAAAGAAAGAAUUUCCAGCUGCAAAGAUAUCUAUUGAAUUCAGAGGUACACCUCCUCCUCUGGAAGGCAAAAUGUAAUAAUUUUUAAAAACACUUUGUCAUUAGAAAAAUACCAAAGGAAGAUUAAUCCCUCUCUUAGCAUCCCAAAUACCAAGACUAAAUCUAAGCUAAAACUUAAGAGAAGAAGGAAAUCUAUGAUUUAGGAACUCUCUCUGUGGAUUAUACGGUCCUAAUAGAAUCUGAAAAAGGAGAAGCUGUAGCUUUUGAAUGCAAUACAAGUAUAACUUGAAAGGAAUGAACUACAGGUAACCAGACUACUUUCAUAAAUUACGUACAACCAGUCUAUGAUAUCCAAGAGUACAGAACACAAUCUAAAUAUCGUAAAUUCAUAACCGACUAUUCAGGACCAGAAAUUAAUAAAUUAGAUGAAGUUAAAAUAAUCAUAAAUUUUAUAGCAAUUAAAGCAAUCUUUCUAUACUUACCUAGAAAGCUUUGGUAUUAAUUAAUCAUUUAAUGCAUUAAUUGAGGCUUACUCCUUAGACAAAGAGUAAAGAUCAUACAUGUAAUUCUUGAAAUCCAUGGAAAAAUUUUUAGCAAUUUGA